ACUUGAAGUUGUCUUGUUUUUAAUCGAAAGCCAUGAAGCUUUUCCUAUUCAGUUUCCUUCUAUUCUAUACUUCUAUACCCAUCAAUGCCAGAAUAUUCGAUCGUUGCUCAUUGGCGCGGGAAUUGUCACGCUUAGGUGUAGCUCGUGGCAACAUUCCCGCUUGGGUCUGUAUCGCUCAGUAUGAGAGUACUUUCAACUCGGCGGCUAUUGGACCACCCAAUUCAGAUGGUUCCCGCGAUUGGGGUAUCUUUCAAAUAAACGAUCGUUUCUGGUGCGAUCCUCAAGAUGGACGCCAAUCCUCAAAUGCGUGUCGUACACCAUGCCGAUCUCUUACAACAGAUGACAUCACUGCAUCGGUUCGUUGCGCAGGGCAAGUACAAAGUGCUCAAGGUUUUGGAGCCUGGACGGUGUGGAACAACCAGUGUCGCGGUGGAGCAGCUUUACCUAAUAUUAAUGACUGUUUGUAAAAAGUUGAACUGCGAGUUGAAAUGAUUUAAUUUGGAAAUAAUUGAAAAAAAAUUAAACUGCAAAAAAUUUAUAAAUAUG